AUGUCGUCUGUCUGUGGCAUCUGUGGUAUAGACUGUAAUGAUGUCGAAAGAGAUCAGAGGGUGAAGUGCGCUGGAAGUUGUGAAAAGUAUUUUCAUUCUAAGUGCAUCCAAGAUGACGUCGUGGGAACAAAGACUCGUUCAUUUAAAGACUGGAGAUGUAAAACUUGUCGAAAGGCUACAUUUUCUAAUAACGACCUCAUCAGUGCUCUCCAAGAUUUUAAAAUGCAGAUGAUUGAAGAAAUGAAAACUACAAGAAAUGAGAUAAAUACCCUAGCUGAAUCUGUAAAGUUCAUGUCUAAUAAAAUGGACGAGUCUACGAACCUAAUGAAAACUAUUAAAGAAGAAUUAGCACUGGUUAAGAAAGAAAACGAGCGCCUAACAGCUAUGAACAGCACCCUUAAUACCGAGGUGACUUCUCUCAAGAACAGAGUUAGAGCACUUGAACAGUACUCUAGGAAGAACAAUGUGGAAGUCAACGGUAUUCCUGAGACUCCUAGGGAGGAUGUGGUCGGCCUGGUGAGAGACGUUGGUGCUGCCUUGGGAGUGGAGAUCCAGGAGAGCGACAUCUCGACGGCCCACCGAGUACCGUCCUUCGGAAAGGACCGCCCACCGCCCCUCAUCGUCCAGUUCUCCAGACGGUUCAUCCGGGACACAGUACUAAGCAAGUAUAAGGACAAGAAAGGGUUAACUGCUCGACAGAUAAAUUCCGCCUUCCCGGAUAAGAUCGUCUACGUCAACGAGCACCUGACUCCUGAUAACAAAAUUUUUCUCUCUAAGUUGAAAGUUAAGUGCAGAGAAAUAGGGUACCAAUACGCUUGGUGUAAGGAGGGGAAGUUUUUUGUCAGGAAAUGUCGGGGGGACCGCUGUAUCAAGGUGGACUCGUACGAUGAACUAAACAAGCUUAAAUAA